GAGCCACUAAUCCUUAUCGGCCGACUCUGACAUACUUGUCAACAACACCUCACGAGUCUCCAUCUCACACUCUGCAUCGAAACUAGGCCAUGUCUUCCCCGGCGCCACGCUACCUUAUGGAAUGGCCAAACCCGUAGCCGACACCUUCUCGCCGGCCGAGAACGCCGCCGGCUACGUCUCCGACGCCAACCCGAUCAUGGGCUUCUCCCACAUGCACGACUCCGGCACCGGUGGCCUACCCUCGUUGGGCAACUUCCCGCUCUUUGUCCACCCGGGCUGCCCCGACGACGACUUCCGCCGCUGCGCCUACUCGGUCAUCACCCGGCCCACGAGCCGCGUGCCCGGCUCCGCGAUGGCCGCGCCGGGCUACUUCGCCGUCAACCUGACCAACUCGGUGCGGGCCGAGAUGACGGCCACCCAGCACGCCGCGCUGUACCGGUUUGGGUUCUCCGGCAAGGACCGGGUCGACGUGGUGCGUGAUCCCGAGGGGAGGCCGGAGGCGGUGGAAAGGGGCGUGCCGUACUCGCCCCUGGUGCUGGUGGACCUGGUCGACCUGAUGAACAGCCGGAGCCUGGGAGCCAUCCAGGUGUUUCCCGAAAGCGGGAGGAUCAUGGGAGAGGGGAGGUACGUGCCCUCGUUUGGGACGGGCAAGUACGAUGCGUUCUUCUGUGCCGACUUCAGGGGCGCCGCCAUACGCAGGACGGGCACGUUCACGUCGAACAACGCGACUGAGGAGCCCAAGUUCCUGGACGGGGUCCGCGCCGGGUUCCAUAUCCCCAGCGGGUCGGCGGGCGCCUGGCUGCAGUUUGAGCGGCCGGCGAAUAACUCGCUGCUGGCGAGGGUCGGCGUGUCGUUCAUAUCCAUGGACCAGGCGUGCCAGAACGCCGAGAGCGAGAUGGGCGACUGGCAUUUCGAGAGAGUGGAGAGCGAUGCGAGGAAGCAGUGGCGAGAGAAGUUGGGCGCCAUCGAGAUCGACGCCACCGGGGUGAGCGAGGAGCUGCAGACGACCUUCUGGUCAGGGCUGUAUCGCACCCUGCUGUCGCCGCAGAACUACACCGGGGAGAACCCGUUGUGGAACUCGACGGAGCCGUAUUUCGACUCGUUCUACUGCAUCUGGGACUCCUUCCGCGCUCAGCAUCCCUUGCUGACCAUCAUCGACCCGGUCGCGCAGACGGAUAUGGUGCGUGCACUGAUUGAUAUCUACCGGCACGAAGGAAAACUGCCCGACUGUCGGAUGAGUUUCUGCAAGGGUUACACCCAGGGAGGCUCCAAUGCCGACGUGGUCAUUGUAGACGCAUUCGUAAAGAACUUGACAGAAGGAAUAGACUGGGACACCGCUUACGAAGCCGUCGUCUCUGAUGCCGAAGUCGAACCGCCCAACUGGGGACUGGAGGGACGCGGCAACCUUGUGAGCUGGCACAAGCUUGGCUACAUCCCCUGGGACGACACCGACCGGAACGGCACAGGCCCAAUGAGCCGCACCAUCAGCCGGGGCGUCGAGUACGCCUACGAGGACUUCUGCAUCGCCACGCUAGCUCAAGGCCUUGGCCACGCGGCCGACGCCGCCAAAUACCGCCGCCGCGGCGGCAACUGGCGCAACUACUGGAACCCACACCAGCGCGACAUCUUCAAGGACCCCCACGGCGCCACGGUCCAGACCGACUUCGUGGGCUUCAUGCAGCCGCGCCUCGUUAACGGCUCCUUCCGCUACCAGAACACGCGCGCCUGCUCGCCCGUGCAGGACAUGCACGGCUGCUACUACGACACGCGCCUCGACACGUACGAGGGGAGCCCCUGGCUGUACAGCUUCUUCGUGCCGCAGGACAUGGCGACGCUCAUCCGGCUCAUGGGCGGGCCCGACGCCUUCGUCGAGCGCCUGCGCUACUUCCACACCAGCGGUAUCGCCUACCUGGGUAACGAGCCCGGCUUCCUGCCCGUCUUCCAGUUCCACUACGCCGGCCGGCCCGCCCUGAGCACUCACUUUGCGCGCGAGUCCAUCCCCGCCCUGUUCAACGCCUCCGUCAACGGGAUCCCGGGCAACGACGACUGCGCCAUGGGCGCCUUCAGCGCCUUUGCCAUGAUGGGCUUCUUCCCCGUCGCCGGCCAGGACGUCUACCUGCUGACGACGCCCUUCUUCCCCGAGGUGAGAAUCCGCGCCAGGGCGGAGGGGAAGUGGGCGGUCAUCAAGGUCAGGCGCUUCGACCCCGCGGGCAAGAGAAAGUUCAUCCAACGAGCGAGGCUCAACGGCAAGGCGUACACGAAGAGUUGGAUCACGCACGACUUCUUCCUGAGGGGCGGAACCUUGGAGUUCUGGGUCGGCGAGGAGGAAGGGACUUGGGGGACCAAGGAAGCAGAUCUACCGCCGAGUUGGCCUGUUGAGUGGGAUGAAAAGGAUGGGGUUGGAUUAGGCGACGGAUAUUAAUGAAAGGCAUGUUUACUGGGGUUAGCAACGGUGGUAUAGUAUAAGUAAGCACACGAGCAAACACAUAUGUUCUUGACUUUAAAAUCAAGGACUACCGGAAGCCCUGGAGUACUGGGGAAGAAGAAGAAGA